UUUUAUAAUCCUUGCCAAGGAAUUAUUAUUAUUAUUAUUAUCUGUGAUAUUGUGUUGCACGAGGAACGUUUGAUUUAUUUCAGUGUUUUAUAUCAUAUUAUUUGUGUCUUUUGAAUCGUAGGCUUAAGAUGCCUCUGAAACGGGGGAAGAUUCGGAUGAGCACAGUAAAGCGAAGCAACUUGAGGCACACAAAACUUAGUAAGCAGGGUAAACUAAAACAGAGGCGGCAUAAGAAGAAGUCAGCAGUGUUACACAAAAGAAACAAUGAUGUACAAUGCAAACCAAAUCCUGUAGAAGAGGAAGAAGAAAGUGACCAUGGAGAAGAGCUGUUGCAGAUGGUGGAGAAGGAUGACAUAGAUUUUCUACAGAAUGCCGUUGCUAGCCACAGCUACUCACUGUUGAAUCAUAUUCGCUUCACAGAAAACAAGCAAAAGGAUCAUAAAAGGAAGAGAGACACAGUUGAAGAAGAUGGAAUGAAUGUGGAGAAACAUUAUGAGGAAAGUGUUCCUGAGUUAGAACCAAAGAGGACAAAACAUCUGUUACCAAUCAAAACUAAAAGAGGAUUGCUUUAUCGUUCUGUUGCAGAGGAUCUUAGUGAAGAUGAACCAGAGCCAGCAAAGGUAGAAGUUAUAGAAAACAUUGAUUCCAAACCUGAAGAAACUGACAGUGAUGCUGAACUGGAGAAUGAGCUUAAGGUUGUGGGAAGUGAUCUUAUUGAUCCCAGCCGACCAGUCAGCACAGCAGAAUUGCUGGCAUCUCGUGAAGAGGCUCUGCGUAAACGCCGACUUCUCAUAGGUGUUCUCGCUAGUGGCUUACUGGAAAAUCCACAAAUGAAGACCAAGAACUUCAAACGACUGUUAGAUAUGAUGAAUGAACAGGCAGCAGAAUUGAGAAUUACGGUCUGCAAGUUGGUGACAGUGUCCUUGCUGGAGGUCUUCAAAGAUGUUAUUCCGUCAUACCAGAUCAAGCAUCAAGACAACUCAGGAGUGAAAUUGAAGAAAGAAACGCUGAAAUUGCAGGGAUUUGAAAAGGCAUUACUUAGUUCAUACAAAAUCUAUCUACAGAGAAUGGAGAAAUUGGUGUCAGUGCUGAAUAAUAAACAUGGAAACAGCAAAGUAGCUUCACAGCAAUCACUGAGGUUGGGAGAGUUAGCACUCACUUGCAUGUGUGAUCUGCUGGUGGCACAUCCGUACUUCAACUAUUCUCAUAACCUGGUACAGAUGUUAGUUCCAUACCUGAAUCAUCCUCUGCUAUCUGUGCGUCAGCUGUGUGCCAACUCCAUCUGUACUGUAUUCAGAAAUGAUAAGAGGGGAGAAAUAUCUCUUGAGAUUGUACGUCAUAUCAAUCGUCUUGUGAAGUCACGUUCACAUUCUGUUCACUCUGAAGUUUUGAAUGUUCUUCUAUCACUACGUAUCAAGGAGAUCAAUCUUGAAAAGGAAAAGGAGUAUGAAUUAAAGCAAAAGACUUUUAUGAAACAUAAACAAAAGCUUCUUGCAAUGUCCAAGAAAGAGCGAAAGAGAAGCAAGAAACUAGAAGCACUUGAGAAGGAACUAUUGGAGACAAAAGCAGAGGAGAAUAAGCAAGCCAAGCAACAGCACCUUACAGAAGUCACCAAACUGGUGUUCACCAUUUACUUCCGUGUACUGAAGAAAGCACCCUCUUCUAAGAUAUUGAGCAUCACACUUGAGGGACUCGCAUGUUAUGCUCAUUGCAUCAACUUGGAGUUUUAUCAAGACAUUGUGAAUGUAUUGAACCAGUUACUGGAACAUGAGCAACUAGGUUGUCGAGAACAGUUGCACUGCAUCCAAACAGUUUUCACCAUCCUCUCAGGCCAAGGGGAGGUUCUGAACAUUGAUCCAUUCCGUUUCUACGUUCACUUGUACCGCAAUCUUCUUUCAGUUCAUGCAGGUGUGAGUCAUAAAGACCUUCCAACUGUAUUGAAGACACUAGAUUUAGCUGUGAUCCAGCGGCAUAAAAGGCUUUCCCAACAGCGUAUAUUUUCAUUUACAAAGCGACUCGCAACAUUGGCUUUGCAGUUGUUACACAAUGGCUCCAUUAGUUGCCUUGGAAUGAUAAGGACCAUUAUUCAGGUGCAUAGAUCUGUGGACAUAUUGCUGGACCCAGACUCAUCUGUUGGACAAGGGAUGUAUUUCCCAGAGUUGGAUGACCCUGAAUAUUGCAACGCUAGCAACACAGCCCUCUGGGAACUGAUUGCACUACAGCGCCACUAUCAUCCAACUGUAAGGAAGUUUGCCCACAAUGUCCUGCUCAGUGUCCCAGCAACAGGUGACGGCUGUCUAGCACCAGAACUUACCAAAUUGUCUGCAGAAGAACUGUACAAUGAAUUUAAUCCAUCAGAAAUGGCAUUUCAACCCCCAGUGCCUGUUCCCAAGAAAGUUGAACCCAAAGCCAAGCCUCCAUUUAAUUUCUGCUUCCGGAAUGAAGCUCUGUCCAGCUAUGUGAAGAAAGUCUCGGAGAGUAAUGUAGAAGAGACAGUAGAUUUUAGCCUGUUUAAUUUCAAUGCAAAUAUAUGAUUGCUGGCUUUUGGUAGUAUUAUUGAUUUCUUGUUACACAGGUAUUACAGUAAACUCUUGGUUAUCUGUGGACCUAGCUGGUUCAGCGUGGAGAAUUGGUGCUAGAAUUUGCUGAAGAUCAUAGAGUAGGGAUCGAGUGAUUGUGUCUGAAAUGAUGCUACCAGGCUGACCUUCUCAGAGUUCUUACUGAUGAAGACAACAACAUAAUGGCAUUAUGGGAAAAAAUUAUAAUGUUGGGCACUAUAAAUGGCAUAUUUCAGGCAUGGUCUUCUGUGAACCUUGGGAUGCUGGUUUGAUCAUAUAAAAAACCUUCAUAAUUUAGAUCUAGAAGAUGAUGUUUUGCAAGGUUUUCCUAAUGAAGAAAUCAGAAGUCCAAAGUUCUUGAUGUGGUGUGUUCUAAGAGAAGUUUUGAAAAUGCCAAUAAAGAUAGCAUUGAAGAAUUGCUACAGUGUGCAUUUUGUGAGCUUCCAGCACAUGACACAGACAUUGUCAAUGCUGCAAUGAAACAAUGGGAGGAGAAGGCAUGGGGAGGACUAGAGUGAAAUUCAUACUGUCCUCGCUGAGCUGGCCUUAGGACAUGAUUUAUACAGGUGACUUAGCAUAGUUAGGACUGAAAUAUAGGAAUGUCUGGAGUGCAUAUACCAACAGCAAUGUGCAAUACCUGCAUAGAUAACAGGAAACCCUGAAUUAAAACUAAUAAUGAUGAUAAUAAUGCACAAAUUAUUUUUUAUAUGAAACUAAGAUAAGUGCUCAGAUAUGAAUUUUUGCUCCAUAUGUCUGCUGGCAAUUUGUUCUAUAUAAGCACAGGUGUUUUUUUAUUAGUUACUAAAAAAAUAUAUAUGUGUAUAUAUGAUACCAAAACAAGCAUCUGAUUAUCUCUUCAAUAUUUAAGACUAUUCCAAAAAUAUAAAUAUCAAUUUUCAUCUGUAUAAACCUUUGCCUGUCCUGACAAAGACUGGCUUGACUGUGAAAAAUUGGAUUGGACACCACAUAGUUUUGUAGAUAGUCACUAAUGUUUUGAUGAAACCUGUUUCCUACAUCUUUAGGAUAAAAUACAGGGGCAAUAAUUUCAGCAGAAACAUUGGUAACCACAAGGCAACGCAGUGUCUCAAGCCAGACCACAAUCCCCGUUUUGUGUUGUAAACAGUGUCAAACUUACUAUUUUCUGGUUUAAUUGAAGUGUUGGGGUCAGCAUCUGGCUUCUCUGAUUCUCGGAUGAUUUCAACUGUUUCUGUACUUUAGAUUUAUCUAUAGAACCAUAAAUGUGGUUCAAUAUACUGUCACAAAGUUUUUCCAGGACCUUCACCCCCAAACCAUCCACUUCAAGAACUGCAUCUAAUGUGCAAAACUGGCCUCGUUUAUACCGGAACUGUUGCAAGCUAUUUAUACAACCUUUGCCAAAAUCAAACCUAAAACAGUAAAUGUGAGUUUAUUGGUUUUAAUUAAUAUGAGAAUGAUGUGCUUAUGUAACUCAAAAGGUAUGGAGAAUUCAAGUUGUGGGAAUUUUCACUUGCUGUUAAUAAAAUUAGAGAAUUAAGACAAAUACACAUAUACAUUUGAGAUCACUUAUAAAAUUUCUCUGGGCUUUAUUGCGAUAGCCAUAGAAUUCUGAAUCUUUCACACAUCUGUAAAAGUUUGUUCAUGUUAUUCACUGCUGUGUCUUUCAGUUCAAUAAUGUAUGCCACUGACUAACCAAACAACACAAAAAUUUGCCCACACACCUGAAGAUGGCACUCACUAGACCGAAACAUGCAGUUGAUAAAAUGAAAGCAUGCAUUUGGAAACAAAGAUUACUGAUGUGUGGGCGGAUAUUGUAUCAUUGGUUCAAACAACAAAAUUUGUCAUUUGUGACUAAUGGCGUACCAUGGUCACAACUUUGAAAGGCACAAUCAAAAAAUGGUUUAUUGUUUAACAUACAGAGUAUGAAAAGUAAUAUGUAUAGUGGAAAUGCAUGUUACUCCUAUUUAAUCUGCGUUAUAAUGAAGUGCACAUUUACAUUUCUACUGUGGCAUGUAGAGGUUACGGCAUGAACUCCACAAUAUGAUAACGCGUUUCAUUUCCCGCUCCGUUCCUUAAACGGCGCCAAGCCAUUCCGUCAUCUUACCCCACCCCAAAUACCAUAUUUUAUGUAGGCAACACUGUAAAGCCAUUUAAAAUAAACAAAUAUUUUGCUUAAUA